AUGGCUCCCGGCCCCAGCAAGCGCGAGCAGGCGCGGAAUGAAAAGACCUUGACGGAGCUGAUCCGGACCGUUCCUGGCAAUGACCGUUGUGCCGAUUGCGAUGCCUUAACCCCAGGAUGGGCAAGCUGGAAUAUGGGCAUUUUCCUUUGCAUGCGUUGCGCCGCAUUGCACCGAAAGCUGGGCACACAUAUUUCCAAGAUCAAAUCUUUAACCAUGGACACAUGGACAGCAGAGCAAGUUGAUAACAUGAAAUCGCACGGCAACCUCCUUAUGAACAAGAUGAACAACCCGCGGGGUAUCAAACCGCCAAUUCCCACCGACAUUGACGAGGCCGAUGCAUGCAUGGAACGGUUUAUUCGGCAGAAAUAUCAACACCGCUCGUUGGAAAACGGAAAGCCAAAGCCCCCGAGCAGGGAGGAUUCGAGUUACUCCAACCCUAGGGCUAUGUCCCCCGUGGAAUCAAGAAAGAAUAACUACGACAUAUCCCCCGAGGGUUCUCCCCCUCCGCUUCCUCCAAAGUCUGGAAGGUUUUUCAAGUUUGGUCUACGCUCGUCGUCCUCUACAUCAAACCUCCGCCGAUUUGGUGGCAAGCCGAAGGUGACCUCGCCAACAUCGGAGAAUGGAGCCUGGUCACCACCACCAUUGCAAUCCAGGAAGACGACCGGACUCGGUGCGCCUGUCAUCGAUGUGACAACGGCAUCUUUCGAGGCCAAAAUGGCGGCAUUGCAGCAGAUGGGAUUCACCGAUGACCGACGAAACGAGAUGGUUCUCAAGGGACUUCACGAGGAUCUGGACCGAGCAGUCGAAACACUGGUCAGAUUGGGUGAAGGGAGCAAUCCUGCAUCAAGAUCCAGAACCCCGGCCGGGACAAGUACUGGUGCAUCCGCACAUAUAGUAAUCUCGAAGCCCGAGGCGUCCAAAAACCCAUUCCCCGUCACAACCGACAACACAUUCCCCGAGGUUUCCAACAACCCAUUUGACCGGGUAGUCUCAAAUCCAGUGGCCCAGUCGCAAACCCAGCAACCACAGACCACUCCAUAUAACCCAUUCGAUCAACUAAACUCGAAGCCGGCAUCUACGCAACCUCUAGAAUCAGCUUUCCAGGGCCUUCAGGUUUCUCAGCCCUUGUUUCCCCACUCUACCGGUGGAUACCCGAACCAGACCAGUUCUCUGCAGCACCCUGUAUAUCAACAGCCCUACACGCCUCCGGCCACAUCGACAUUCUCGCAAUCUCCCUAUGUUACAUCGCCUCAGCCAAUGAAUAACAGCUUCAAUCCAUUCGAUCAGCCACCGCCGCAGCCGCAGGGUGGCUUGGCCAGUCAGACAUAUCCCAACCCCAAUGCGCCGCAAACGAACCCUUUCUUCAACACUGCGCCGCAAAAUCAACCCGUGCAGCCGCAACAGCAGCAAAUGACGCCGCUCUCAAACCAACUAGGGGGGCUUUGA